AUGAGCACCGUUCGAAAACUAAUACAAAAGAAAUUCAAAAUAAGAGGCUACACUCUCAAAAUCGACGCUCUAGAUCAAAUCCUCUCCUUCACCAACCGCUUUGUCGGCGCCGAAGAUGAAGCUCUCGAUCUCCUCCUCGAUCACCUACAAUCCCAAUCUCAGAGAUUGGGAGUGAAAUCUUCGAUACUUGAUAGAGAGCCGGUGAGUCGUGUUAUAACUGCUUUAUUAGAAGCCGAUGAUGCUGUUGAAGAAGACUCGUUAGAGAAGGAUCCCUUUUCUAGCUCGAAUUCUUCUGCUAUUCGUGUUAUUGAUGCUUUUUUGAUACCUAAAUUUCGAUAUGAUCCAAUCAAAAAGCAGUUUCACGAGCAUACAGGAGGGUUACAUAUACAUGGCGAUUCAUCAGCAAAAGCAGCUCUUUAUAAAGAUAGGUUUUUAUUAUUGUAUCAACGAGUUUUACGCGAUUCACAUUUUUCCAAGCCUGCUUUUGCUACUGAGAUGUCACAUUAUGGAAGUUGUGAGAUAGCUCCGAUUCAGUCUCUAGUUGGGCAAAUGGGGAGAAGAUGGGUGAUGGGUGUGAUAUCUCAGUUGGAGGAUGGACAUUUUUAUUUGGAAGAUCUUACUGCUUCUGUGGAAAUUGACUUGGCAGGACUUGCUAGAUUUUUAUCAGAGAAUACAAUUGUUGUUGCAGAAGGUGAGAUGCUCUUGAGUGGUAUUUUUCAGGUAAUCACUUGUGGGUUUCCUCCAUUAGAGGACAGGGACAAGUCUCUCAAAUCACUUGCACAGCAUGAUUUCUUUGGCGGUGGUACAUUAACGAAAGAGGAGAAUCUCAGACUAGCAGAGUUGGAAAAGAGAUCUCUAAAUGACAUGUUUGUCAUACUCUCUGACAUUUGGCUAGACAGUGAAGAGGCUAUGGGAAAGCUGGAGACGGUUCUUGAUGGUUUCGAGAGUCAAGAGGUGGUCCCUUCCUUAUUUGUUUUUAUGGGGAAUUUCAGUUCUCAUCCAUGCAACCUUUCCUUUCACUCAUACUCAAGCCUUAGAUCACAAUUUGGUAAGCUAGGGCAAAUGAUUGGAGCCCAUCAACGGCUGAAAGAGCAUAGUCGAUUUCUGUUUAUUCCAGGUCCAGAGGAUGCAGGUCCAUCCACAGUUCUACCCAGAUGUCCUUUACCAAAGUAUCUAACCGAAGAGCUUCAGAAUCACAUUCCUAAUGCCAUAUUUGCGAGUAAUCCAUGCAGAAUCAAGUUCUGUACCCAAGAAAUUGUUUUCUUUCGUCACGAUCUGCUGUAUAGGAUGCGUCGUUCAUGUCUGCUGCCUCCUUCUACAGAAGAGACUGAUGAUCCUUUUGAGCAUCUUGUUGCUACGAUAACCCAUCAAAGUCAUCUAUGCCCACUGCCUCUUAUUGUUCAACCGAUUAUUUGGAAUUAUGAUCACUGUCUACAUCUUUAUCCAUCUCCACAUACGAUAGUUUUAGGCGACAAAAGUGAGCAGAAGGCAUUCAAUUACACAGGAAUCACUUGUUUCAACCCUGGAUCCUUCUCAAAUGACAACACCUUUGUAGCAUAUCGUCCUUGCACCCAGGAAGUAGAAUUUUCAGCCUUGUGA